CCUGGGCAAUACUUUUCUGAAGCCAGCUAGUUCCUGUAUUAAAUUCUCAUUCACACAACAAAGGGCUAUUGCACGCUUUCUUUAGGCAGGGUCAUAAGUAUUAUCUUGUGACUUUACUUGGAUUACUUACUCGCCAGUUAGUAAGAAGAUAAAAAAAAGGAUUUUCAAGCCCUGCAGAAUGUCCGGGUUUCUGGAUAACGUCAGGUGCGGAGAAUGUGAGUGCGUAGAUUGGGGGGAGAAGCGGAACGCCAUCGCAUCGAUAGCUGCUGGAGUAUUGUUCUUCACAGGAUGGUGGAUAAUCAUUGAUGCAGCAGUCAAAUACCCCGACAUGGACAGAUUCAACCACUCCUACCACGCUUGUGGGGUUAUAGCGACUGUUGCAUUCCUCAUGAUCAAUGCUGUUUCUAAUGGACAGGUCCGUGGGGAGAGCUACAGCGACGGGUGCCUGGGACAGACAGGGGCUCGGGUCUGGCUCUUCAUUGGCUUCAUGCUGGCCUUUGGCUCCCUGAUCGCUUCCAUGUGGAUCCUCUUUGGAGGCUACGUUGUGACACAGAAGGCAGAGGUGUAUCCGGGUAUAGCAGUCUUCUUCCAAAACGCAUUCAUUUUCUUUGGGGGUCUGGUGUUUAAAUUCGGGCGUACAGAAGACUUGUGGCAGUAAUGCUGCCCGCUUUGUAUUUCUGUUAGGGUUUGUCUUUGUAAACCUCUUGCCUUGGCGCACCGUGUGGUGUGUCUAACUGGUCUUCUCUUUACCGUAUUUUAUAGCAUGGUGUCAGUUUACAGUAUGUAAUGUGCUACCUUUCUACUUUUCUGAAAACAGUGAUUUUGACGUCCUAUCGGCAGUAAUGUAUCAAUACAGUUCAAUAUUAGUAUAGUUUAAUGAUCUAAAUACUGCUGCCCUUCAAUAUUUUGUCCCCAUAUAAAGCAAUGAGGUUGGAAAAACAAAUUCGAUGACAUAUAUAUUAGUGUCCAAGAUGACUUUUUCAGCUAUUUUUUUAAAUAUUUCAUGCAUGAAAGGGGUAAAUGGGAAAGAAAAGCUUGAGGAGUGUGAAACAAUGUCAGAGAUGAAACUGUAUGAUGAGCAUUUCCGUUUACUAUUCCAGUAUCAAACACCUGUAAAGUGGAAUCCCUCCAUUUCAACCAGAAAAAGGACUAAGUUCUGGUCCUAACAGAGCGGUAUCUUUACAUUGACAGGCAUUUGUCUGAAGCUGGCUAUAGGGGGGAAGUUUGUUAUGUAUUUGCUUGUUAAUUAACUUCAGUGCAUGUUAAAAACAAUGUCAUUUCUCCAAAGCAAAAAAUCACCCUUUAAAACGAUCUGCUAGGAAUGUCACUUUAACACACUGUUUGUGCGCAUCCUUUAAACUUGUUUCAGAAUUAAUGCAAAGUGAUGCAUGUUGGCAGAAGAGUAGAUUUAUUGUGUUUUUUUUUUUCCUUCUGUAUUGUAAUGCAUAUUUUGCAUAGUAGUUUUUAGAAGCAAGCGAGCUGGCUGACUCUUCAUUUGCUGCGUUUUGUGUAUGUCUUACGGUGUGCUGCACCUGAUAUUAAUUCACACCGCUGUUCAGAGCUCUGUUUUAUGUUUAAUGCAUUAAAUAUUGUGUGUGUGCUUUUUCCAGUUACAAUUUGUACACUGAUCAGCCACACACAAAAAUAAAAAAGCCCAAAUUUUCCUAUUUUCUUAUGAAUGCCAUGAAAUCCAUUUUGCUAAUGCAGGUGUAUAAAAGAGUAGUGAAACUGAAGAAAAAGCUUUGAUAUUAAAAUGACCUGGAAGGUAUUAUUACAGCUUAACCAGCUAGGUGGAUUCAUGUGCUUCAAAACUAACGUCAAAGGCCAAAAAUGAGAAUUACACUACUGGUUAAUUCAUAUUUCAGAAAAUACAAUGCUGACAUGUUGUUGUAAAUAACUCAACUGACUUGCCUGAAAUGCAUACUUAGUUUUUUUUUUUUUUAAUAUUGAGAAAGCAAUGAUAUUGGAUGUACUAAUCAAAGCUUUGAAAAACAUGAUGUAAUGUAUUUUCAUUUUCAGCGAAGCACAUUUAUCAUGCCACAACACUAUAAUCCCUGUCCUGUCCAUCUUCACUUCCUGUCCUAUUACCUGAAACACAGGAAGUGAGAUUAUAGUGUAGUGGCAAGACACAUUCUUUACAAAUCAACUUGGUGAAAGUUAUCAAGCUGUCCUUUUUUUUUUUUUUUUUUUACUGUUACAAAAAUUAUUUUGUUGCGACUAAGACUGAUGACAACAAAAGUAAGUAGUCUUGGCCAAAGUUACCUGUGCAAAUGUUCUUCUGAAUUUGUGUUAAGAUAAUGUGCAGUUCCACAGAACACUGCAUCUUGCUUCUAAACGUGGGUGUGAUUGAAAAGUGGAGCUUAAAACGUUAAUGACAUUUAACAAUCAUAAAGUAAACUUUCAUAUAUAUAAUCUGUAGAUGCACAUGUCGGGCCUGUAGAGUGUAAAGAUAUGAAACUUUAAAAUAAAACAGUCUUGGGACUUGG